AUGAAAGCAUCGAAAGGCCGUCGUCAUCGCGACGAAGAAAUGGCAUCCUCUCGUAAAAGUUCUCACAGGCAUGUCCCAAGGAGCGUGCGUCGUCCACUUUUCGAAGAAGAUAUGCAAGACUUUCAACGCCGCAAACGUCCUGUAUAUGCUCGAUUGAUUGCCUUGAUGCUGGGCAUGGUGACCCUAGUUGCUGCUGGAUUUGGUGCCUAUUUUUUUCUCGAAAAGGAUGAAAUUGUUUUACAAAAGGGCAAGUCACAACAUGAUAAUUUCCAAGGUGUCGUUGCAAUGGAAACUAUCGUGGAACAUACGCAGCCCGAAGACUGUUGGAUGUCAAUUCAUGGCAAAGUCUAUGACAUGACCGAAUAUGCUCCUGUACACCCGGGACCACCCAGUUUGAUUACAAACCAUUGUGGAACGGAUGCAACGAAUGCGUAUGACAUCUUUCAUUCGAUUAGCCUUCUACCGAUUGUGAAUGAAUAUCUGUUGGGAACCCUGGAGGAAAUAACUACGUCACCUCCAACCAGUUCCCCGUCAUCCGUUCCUUCCAUGGUCCCGACUACUUCUCCUCCAUCGAGGUCUCCCACAGCUAGUCCGAGCACUUCUCCUCCGACACGGUCCCCUACCAUAUCACCAUCGGCUGCUCCCAGUAUGCGCCCAACUACGCCGCGCCCUACGGAACCGGAAGCUACCCCCUUUCCUACAAGCAGUCCAAGUACUUCUCCCCCCACAAAAACGCCAACACCUCCGCCUACAAUGCGCCCAACGCCAUCGCCCACUAGGCCUCCUACGCCCAGCCCUACCAAUCGUCCGACGCCGCGUCCGACAGACCAGGGAUGUACUAUGGAGUUCUAUACAAUGUCGGAUGUUGCCCAGCAUCCAAAUUCGGGCUCCUGUUGGUAUGCUUUGUACGGAGUUGUUUUUGACUUCACAAAUUACAUCGAUCGGCACCCUGGUGGACGACGAACUGCAUUGGCGGGAUGUGGGAUAGAUUCUAAGAGCGCCUAUGAAUCAGAAUCGGGCCACAACAGGAACCUAUUGCGCAGGUAUAGUUCAUAUAUCAUUGGCCGAGUGGGAACAACGCGGACAACAGGGACAGUACCCUGCAAUGAAGUGGACCUUGUAGCAGUGAAUUGA